CCAGCGGCCCUGGACCUGGUAUUAGAUGCCCAGUUGGUCCAGGAGACAGCCUACCUGGAGGACCGCCCCUUGCACCUCCUGACCUGUGCCAAUGAGAGAAAACUGUCUGUCAUCCUCUGCUGCCCGGAUGAGCUUGCUUACGGACACAGACGCCUGCUACGAUUCUCCUCACGCAUCAUGAACAUGGCGGCCGACUUCAGACCUAGAGCGACCAGAUCCUGGACCUGGCACCAGUGUCACAGGCACUACCACAGCAUUGAGGUGUUCACCCAUUAUGACCUUCUGACCCUGAAUGGAACUAAGAUCGCUGAGGGUCACAAAGCCAGCUUCUGUCUGGAGGACACCUACUGCCCUGAAGGUAUGCAGAAGCGCUACUCGUGCUACAACAUGGGAGAGCAGGGUAUCCAGGUAGGUUGCUGGGAUACGUAUCGCCAUGACAUCGACUGUCAGUGGAUCGACAUCACAGACAUCAGCCCCGGGGAGUACAUCUUUCAGGUUAGAAAACACGCACGCACACGUGCACACACACACACACACGCAUUCGCAUGCACAUACAUACACAGACACACACACACUCAAGCUUUAUCAAUGGAUCAACGGCCUCUUAACUUUCGCAUGGAAUACUUUUAAGAAAAGAAACCAAAUGUAGCUCUGUGUUUUAGUUUUUGGAAGAGGAAUACUAAGUGUUGGCUCCAGUAACCGUGGAGACCAGCAGGAAGAGAUGAAAAGCUGUGAUACAGACUAGAACUGGAGCAUAAAUGGGUCUUGGCUCCGUCUGCACGUGCCGGUCCAGCUGGUUCAUGUGCUUGGAGGUCGUUUGAGUGAAAGUGUGGGUUUAAAAUAGAGGGAUGCAUUGAACCUGUGUUUAAGGGGAGUGAUAACCUGCCAUUAGUAGAACCGUUCAGAGAAAGGCUUGGCUCAGUGACAGGGAAACUGUGUCAGCACAUUACCAC